AUGCCUACGCCGACGAAACAGCCCCAGAAGAAUGCCUUCGACAUCCGUCUCGCAGAGUCCGUGGUGUUCCUCCGCGCAGGAGAUGCCACCGGCAGACCCCGCAACAUGCAGGCCGACGCCCCUCCUGGCAUGCUUCGUGGGCUGCUAACGCUCACGCUCGUCAAGCCGACGAAGAUCUCCAGCAUUGAAAUCGAGUUGGUGGGAAAGACGAGCACAGCCUGGCCUGAAGGAGUGGGCGCGCGCCGUGUCGAAGUCACCGAGGAGCACGAGAUCUACGCACAGUCAUACAUCCUCUUUCGCGCAGGCUCGGAGACACCGUACAGGAACAGCCGCCGCACGCUCUCCGUGGGCCCUGGCAUUGCGCUCGACCGUGAUGACGACGACCGCUCCGAAUCCUCUAGCGAAGAUAUGCACGGUACGGUUCACCGGCCGCCCAGUGAUGAGCGGAGGGGCCGUGACCGAGGUCCGCCAUCGGCACUUCUGAACAACGCAUUCGCGUCGAGGCGAAAUAUGAGCGUCGACCAGACGUAUUUCCAGCGUGAUUACGUCGCGCACCGCGACAACGGCCUCCCCCCUAUAUUGACCGCUUCACCCCCUUACACACCGACCGCAGAGACCGUUCCACAACAUGCAUUCAGUCCGACGCUCCUCACUCCCGCCGCGUCCGUCUCGCAUCGCAUGAACACCGUCGACGAGCUACCCACCCAGGAGGCUGCGUCGUCUGCGGACGAGUUCGGCCAGGGUCGCAGCUCCGAACCGGACACGGAACGCAGCAGCCUCGCAUCUGCGCGGCACCCGUCUCCUCUUGCCCGGAUGGGCGGGUCCUCCGCGUCUAGCCUGCGCCUAACCAGCAGCUCGCACUCGCAAUCUGCGCGCCCGUCGCUCGACGACGAGCGCCCCGAGUUCCUCGUCGGGAGUAGCCAUAGCCCUCUGCCCACCCCGCCUGCGUCCGCGCCGGCCACGCAGCGUUCGCUCUCGCGUUCGGCCGACCAGCGCAAUCAGCGCCAUCACCGCGAAGGCUCGUCGGACCUCCGGGAGCACGCGGACGACGGGCGCGGACGGAAGCACAAGCGGUUCAGCUUCGCGAACGUGUCGAAUGCGCUGCUGGACGUCGUCAUGGACCGUGUGCGCUCACGCUCGCGGUCGUCGUUCCCGGACGGCUACGGAGGCGACGCGACGCCCCCUCGAGGGCGCACGCGCGAGCGUCCAUUCGAAGACGUGUUCCACGACGAUGAGGAGGGCGCGCCUGCGAGGGACCGCGAGCGCUCUACCCUCGAACGGGUCAGCGAAGUGCUGGGAUUAGACGGCGAGGAUGGGAAAGAGUGGGGAGAAGGCUGGAAGGAGUUCAAAAAAGGCACGUACACAUGGCCGAUCUCUUUCGCGAUCCCCGCGAGCUCGCCGCCGACGCUGCACUGCGACCUCGGGCACGUGACGUGGAAGCUGAAGGCGUAUGCGCACCGGCCGGGGACGUUCACGACGAAGAUGUCCGCGGCGCAGGAGAUCACGGUCGUUACGUGUCCGUCGGAAGAUGACCUCGAGGAGACGGAGAGCAUCAUCGUCGAACGCCAGUGGGACACACAGAUGCAGUACCUCAUCACCAUCUCUGGGCGGAGCUUCCCGAUUGGCGGGGUUAUGCCCAUCAGCUUAACCUUCAUGCCUUGGACGAAGAUGAAGAUCUACAGAAUCUCCGUACUUAGCAGCACCCGAAUGUGUGUGCUUUUCGUGGGAAUCAGUGUCACUGCGAGUAUGGAUAUGGCUACCUACGCACCCUCACGGAGAGCCGCUCGCGGGAAGACGAUCCAUAUAUACAUUACCAUGCAUGGCCGACUCGAACAGGAUGCAUACCGCACGAUGGACGCACUCUUCGUUUAA